AUGGAACAUAAUUUUCAAAUAAAGCCAAUACAAUUAAAAUUUAACAAACCUCAAGAAAAUAACUCAAAUAAAUAUAUAAAUUCUAAAAAGCCUCUAAAAGCCAUAAAAAAUAAUGAAAAAAUAAAUGAUAAAAAAGAAAAUGUAAGUUCUAUUAAAGUUGAAAAUAAAAAAAAAGAAUAUAAUUUAUUUAAAAAUGUUAAAGAUAUUAAAACAAAUACAAAUGAUCAGAAAGUUAAAUAUAAUAUAAAAAAUAAAACAAACAGUAAACAUAACGAAUUUAUAGAUCUUAAAGAAGAAAAGAAUAAAUUAAAUUAUAUAAAUAAGUACUGUAAAAACUCAGAAAAAAAAAAUGAAGUAAAUAAGGAAAAUAAAAAAUUAGGAAAAAGUGGGAUCAUAUCAUCCAUUAAAAUAAAUAACGAAAACGAAAAAUGUAAUGAUAUCAAAAAUUCUUGUAAAAAUAAUAUUCAAAAUACACAAAAUAGUAAAAUAUAUACAAAAGUGAUAAAAUAUGAAGAUAAUUAUUUAAAUGAUCUUUUAAAAAAAGAGAACGUAUGUAUUCAAUCUGUAAAAUGUGAUGAACAUAACGAAGAAAAUGAAGAAAUAAUGCUUUCUAAUAAUUCAACAUUAGAAGAAAGUUCACAAGAAGACAUUUAUAGUUUAGAUUUAAUAGAACAAUAUAAACUAAAAAAAAAAAAAGAAUUAGAAACUAAAAGAAAAAAGAUAAUCCUAUAUAAAAAAUCAAAAUUAAUUAAAAAGGCAACUUUCAGAAAUGCUGAAACGCAAGUUAUUCUUGAUGACUUUUCUAAAUAUUAUGAGAAAGUAAAACCUAAAAUUGAAAAAAUAGUUGAAGAUAUUUUAAAUAAAGCAUUAAAAGAAUUAUACGAGGAACAAGAAUUAAAAAAAAUUAAAAGUGAAAUAGAUUAUUAUGAAAAUAUAAGGAAAGAAAAACUUCUAUCACUAAAAAAAUUCGAAAAAACAAGUGAAGAUUUUUAUGAAGAAACUCAAGAAAAAAUAAAAAAUAGGAUUAAACUUAAAAAUAAAGUUGAAAUGAUAAUGAAAAAAAAAAUUGCAAACAAUAAAGCUCAAAAAAAUAUUCAUUACAUUUUUCAAAAAAAUUUAGAUUUAUAUUCACUGAUGGAUUUAUUACCAAAUAAUUUUGAGAAAUUUAUUAAUUUAAUAAUUAUACCAUGGAUAAGUGAAUUUAUUUAUUAUAUAGUAAAUGUAAAUAAAGAAAUUGUCCAUCACAUUAUGACUGAUAUGAUUGAACAAUCUAUUAUAUCCAGUUCAGAAAUAUAUGAAAAAUUUAAAAGGUUAACUUAUAUUAAAAAUAAAAAAAUAAAAUAG